UAAGAAGGCCAAGAAGAGAGCAGAGGGCGCCAAUUCCAAUGUGUUCUCCAUGUUCGAGCAGACCCAAAUCCAAGAAUUUAAGGAGGCCUUCACCAUUAUGGACCAGAACAGGGAUGGUUUCAUUGACAAGAAUGACCUGAGGGACACCUUUGCAGCUCUUGGGCGUGUGAAUGUGAAAAAUGAAGAAAUUGAUGAGAUGAUCAAGGAGGCCCCGGGUCCCAUUAACUUUACUGUGUUCCUGACAAUGUUUGGGGAGAAACUUAAGGGAGCAGACCCUGAGGAGACCAUCCUCAACGCAUUCAAGGUGUUUGACCCUGAAGGCAAAGGAGUCCUCAAGGCUGAUUACAUUCAGGAGAUGCUGACCACCCAGGCGGAGAGGUUUUCCAAGGAGGAGAUUGACCAGAUGUUUGCUGCGUUCCCCCCUGAUGUGACUGGCAACUUGGACUACAAGAAUUUGGUGCAUAUCAUCACCCAUGGGGAAGAGAAGGACUAAGCGGGAUCCAGGUCCUGC